ACUAAUUCAUUCUCAAAAAAAUACUAGAGCAACAAACAACGUUGUUGAUUAUUGGGUGCUGUGGUUACUACAAUAAAAUAUAUUAAGUUGGUGUUGUUGUUGUUGUUAUUAUUUCUACUUCGCAUUAAAACAAUAACAAAAAAAACUAACUAAAUUUUACACACCAAUAGUAAAUUGUAGUUGUUGUUUUAAAAUUUUAAAGCAAAUCAAGGCAAAAAGGUAAAGAAAACCUACUAAAUUAAACACCAGCCAGCACAAAAUAAGUUAAAUACAAGAUAAGACACAAAUUGCAAAACACAAAUCUGAAAGUUAACAAAAAAAAAGAACAUUUAAAUUAUUAGUUAUAUUAAAAGGUUAUUAACAAACAAAAAAACCCAUAACUACACAAAAGUGAAAAGAUAGAUAACAAAAAGUUAAAAACAAGGCAGAACACAAAAAGCAGAUUCUUCUCUACACUCGUCUAUACUAAGAAUUUGUUAAUUAAACAACUAAAUUGUUGAGACAUUUUACAGAGAAAUUAUAAAUUAAGAGUUUUGGUCUUAAUUUGUCUUGCUCUUUUACCCCAAUUGCCCUGGUGUCUUUUUUUUAAUUAAACAAUUAAAUUAUUUUGGUUAUUAUUUGACUGUCAUUCAUCUUCAGCACCAUGACCAAUAUGCGACCUCCAAACAAAUCGACUUUAUUGAAAGUCGUUAUUUUGGGCGAUGGCGGCGUCGGAAAAUCGUGUCUCAUGAAUCGUUUUGUCUCCAAUCGUUAUGAUGAAAACAAUUUCCAUACAAUCGGCGUGGAGUUCAUGAACAAAGACAUUGAGGUGGAUGGUGAGAAGUAUACAUUGCAGAUCUGGGACACUGCUGGUCAGGAACGUUUCCGUGCUUUGCGCACUCCCUUCUAUAGAGGCUCAGAUGUUUGUUUACUCUGCUAUGCCAUCGAUGAUUAUGACAGCUUUCGAGGCCUUAAGCAGUGGCGCGAAGAAUUCCUACAUUAUGCCGAUGUUAAAGCCGAUAAAUUCCCCUUCAUAGUGGUAGGAAAUAAGAAUGAUUUAGCCCAACAAUGCCGCCAGGUAGGCAGUGAUGAGCUAAAGCAAUGGUGUGAUAACUUUCAAAUACGCAGUCACAUCGAAACUUCUUCAAAAACCGCUACCAACGUUAAUGAUGCUUUCAUAUUGGCGGUGCGCCAAUGGAAACAUAUGGAACGUAUAGCAGAGAUUGAGCUGAAACAAAAUGACACCAUAGAUUUGACCAAAACAAUACGUUUAGCCCAGACACGUCUUUGUUGUACGGGCGGUGGCAGUAGUGCAGUCUCGUCGUCAUCUUCGGCAGCUGGUAAUUUAGAAUCUGAAGAUGAGUCUAUGCAUACACCAUCACCUCGGCGAUUUGGUAAACGUUCAACGAAACCUCAAGAGACCCACUAUCAACUUUAAGUCUUAGCUAAAGUUUUAUAAAGGGAAGUAUGAAUGUUAGAGGAAAUUAUGAUAAAAAGAUAAGUGUUUUGAAAACAAGAUUCUAAAAUACGAUUGGUUGUAAAAUUACCAAACAUUUUUUUUUAUAAGUUUUUUAAAAAUACUAUUUGUAUUUUAUUUAGUUUUAUUUGAAAAGAUUCUUUUUUAAAAAUAUUGUAGUACAAAAUUCUUUGAGACCAGUUUAAAACAUAUUAGUUCAAAAAACCUUGCCGCCCGAAUUGUAAAAAAGAAUCUCGCUUUUUAAAACAAUCAUUCCUUAACAAUAAUUUUAGUAGUAAUGCACAAAUGAUUUUUAAAUUCUUUGCUCCCUAUUCCUUAAUUUAUAAUUUUGAAACUUAGUUCUGGCAGAAUUUUAACUGUUUUUUUCAGAAUUUUUGGAUGUAGAACAAAUUUUGACAGAAUCUGUUUUAAUUUUAUUCCAUUCAUGACAAAUUUUGACGGAUUCUGUCAGAAUUUGUCUGUAUAGACAAAUUUUUUAAAGAAUUCGGUCAGAAUUUGUCUGUAUAAAAAAAAUUGGACAACAACUGUCGGAAUUUUACUGUGUAGAACAAAUUUUGACAGCAUUUGUCUGAAUUUUUCCGUAUGAAACAAAUUUUAACAGAAUUCGCUCCAAAAUUGCCCGUCUAAAAUUCAAAUAGAAAAUAUUUGAACAGAAUCUGUCAGUAUUUUUUGGUAUAAACAGAAUUCAUUCAGAGUUUUUCCGUAUAGAAAAAGUUUUGACAUAAUUUAUUCAGAAUUUUUACAAAUAGAAAAAAUUUGGACAGAAUUCGUUCAGAAUUUUUACAAUUAGAAAAAAUUUGGACAGAAUUCUCCGCCUAGAAAAAAUUUGGUCAGAAUCUGUUUGAAAUUUGCAAAAUUUUGACAGAACUCUUUCAGAAUUUUUCCUUAUAAGAAAAAUUUUAAUACAACCUGUCAGAAUUGUACCGUAUAACACAAAUUUUGUCUGACAAUUUUUUCAGAAUUUCCGAAAAAUUUCUACUUUUUUCCAGAAUCUUGUUAUUAAAAUCCCAGUUAUUUAUAAUUUUUAAUUUAAGCUUAUUUAAGUUAAAAGAAUGCACCAAAAAUAUUUUAGUGUAAGUGUUUAUUUCACACAAAUUUUUUAACAAAAAUUGUUUGGCUUGUUAAACAAUAAUUUGCAGUGCCUUUUUUGCAACCCCCCCCCCCAAAUAAUUAACAAUUUUCAAUUAAAUUGCAAAAUUUUUUAACAAACUUCUUUUAAAACCCAUUUAUUUAUACAAAUUAUGAAAUGUAUAUGACUCUAUAAGAAUUGUAACAGUUGCAAAUUGUUAUAAAACAUUCCAAAAUCAAAAAUGUUGAAAUUUUUUUUCAAAAAUAUUUUUUUUUAAUUUUUACUAAAACAUUCCAAAUGUUUAAAAUUAUUAUUAGAAAUUUAAUUUUUAAACUUUUAUAAGUUUUUCAAAAACUUUUUACCUUUCUAAAACAUUUGUUUAUAUAUUUUUUUGCUAUCUGUAGAACUUUUUAUAACUUAUUUGCUUACAAAAGCAAACAGUAAGAAAUUUCAAGUGCCUGGUUAACAGUUUCAACUGAAAAUGUCUGAUAUUUUACAUUGGAAAAUUUGUAAACUGUCAGUUGAAAAAUUACCGUGACUAUGAAAAUGUUUUACUGUUUAAUUUUCUUUACAAAGGCAGCUUUUUAUAUUUAUAUUAUUGUAUUUUUCAUCUAAACUGUAAGCCAUUUAAUAAACAAUUAUUUAUACAAUCCAAUGUAACCAUCACACUUCAUUCAUACUCAUUUAAAAAGCAUGAAAUUCAAAAAUAUUUUGAAAAAUCUAAAAACAUUUUCUAAAAAUGUUUAUAAUUUUUAAAAUGAAACCGAAGAAAUUAAUAAUUAAAAUAAAGUUUAAUAUUUAGAUUGUAUUAACAUUUAGUUUUUAAGCAUAUUUAAAAUUGAUUAUAAUAAAGAAAACGAAAAAGUGUAUUAAAAAUAGUAGAAAA